GCCGAGAAUUCGGGAGCGGGGCGAGUGACGUAGGAGAGUUUCACGGGAUCGUGGACCUACAGUAACAACAACACACCGUUCAAGUGGCCCGGGGCCGUGCCGUGCUGUGUGCCCCCCCCCACCCGCUCCGGAUACUGGGGGACCCUGCAGUGCCCGCCGUCAGGGGGGGAAGGGGGAGUAGCCUGUGCCAGGUUAGAUCCCGGGCGGUGCCAGCGUUGUCAGCAAGAUGGUGUCGUGGAUCAUCUCUAAGGCCGUGGUGCUGGUGUUUGGUAUGCUGUACCCAGCCUACAAUUCCUACAAGGCUGUGAAGACGAAGAAUGUGAAAGAAUAUGUACGGUGGAUGAUGUAUUGGAUUGUUUUUGCCCUUUACACUGUGACAGAAACCAUAGCAGAUUUAACAAUAUCCUGGUUUCCUUUGUAUUACGAGUUAAAGAUUGGUUUUGUAAUCUGGUUAUUAUCUCCGUAUACAAGAGGUGCCGGCUUGUUGUACCGGAAGUUUUUGCAUCCUCUUCUUUCUAAAAAUGAAAAGGAGAUUGAUGAGUAUAUUGUCCAAGCCAAAGAAAAGGGCUAUGAAACCAUGGUGAACUUCGGCAAGCAAGGCUUGAAUCUUGCUGCUACUGCUGCUGUGACGGCCGCCGUGAAGGGCCAGGGGGCUAUUACAGAACGGUUAAGAAGUUUCAGUAUGCAUGACUUGACAGCAAUACAAGGCGAUGAGACUGCCGCCAACAGACUCUUCCCAUCUUUACCUGAGGCGCAAAAGAAACCUAAAAAUACCGAAGGGUCUGGAUUCAGCUCAUUAGGAAAAGAUUCUGGAGAUGACAAAUCUGAUGAAGAAACAGAAGGGGCACACUCAGAAGAUGAAAUGUAUGCACACAAGGGGCUGCGCCGAUCACAGAGCAUGAGAUCUGUAAAGGUCGUUAAAGGCCGUAAAGAGGUACGAUAUGGAUCACUGAAGUACAAAGUGAAAAAAAGACCCCAAGUUUACUUCUAAUGGGACUUAAUGAAAUGCCCUGAACUGCUGUAAUACAAUCAUGUUCUAUGUCUGAAUGUGACGUGUUAAUAUAUAGUACGUUUCAGAAACAGCAGUAGACCCCAAGAAGCAAGAACAACUUCCAGGAUCACUAUUUAUUGUUGUGUAUUUUAUAUGUUGUUUGGAACGUUUUAGACCUGUAACUUUGGAGCCACUUAAGGGAUUCUGUGCAACACAGUGCUUUAGUCUUAAUGUUUCAGGACCGGAUAUAGGUCUUGCUAGUCAGGAGAACAGGUGAAUCAGCAUCUGGAGGACUGGAGCAGAUCAUUAGGGUUUUUAUUACAGUUUUAUGCAAUAUUCAUGGUCUUAUGGAUCGUAAAUGUUUUCUGUACACUAAGAGGCCUUACUAAAUUCGGACAAUUCUAUCAAAUGGAAGCUGCCUUAUCCAAGAGCUUGCAGUUUACAAUACAACCAGAUUCAUUUCCUAAAACAGAAAAUAUUAUUUGUCGUUGAUUAGUUCCUGAUAAUUAAAAAGGAAGUUUAUUUUGCUGUCUUAAAAGGAACGUGUCAGCUCGAUGUGGACAUACAAAAUGCCCACAGUUCCUUAGAAAUCUGGUCUUGUUGUUCCCAAAGUGCCUCUUGAGUAUUUCUGCUGACGUCCACUCUUCCGCGGUAUGCAAAUUAAUGGUUAAAAAUGAAAAAGGCUGACACUUUCCCUGCCAAAACCCUGCGUCCUGUACCGUGUUUGAUGUUCCCUUUCACGGAGAACAUCAUCCCCUUUGUCUCUGGGGAUAUUGCACAUUUACUGUUCAGGAACGUCAAUCAAAGUAGAGUAGGCCAGAUUCGGGAGAGGAAAGCACCAACCUCCUUGACUUGUGACCGCUAAUUUGCAGAUGAUCGAGCAUGGUUUACAACAAGUCAGAGGAAAUGUACAAAAGGUACUUUGGAGAACAACAUGACCAGAUUGUUAAAGCCUGUUGGGCAGUUUCUAGGUCAAAAUUAAGUGGGCAGGUUUCCCUGAAAUAGGAGCAGUCAAACAUGUCUGUUUUAGUAAAUUUUCAUAGUAAAAAGUGGUAACACCCACUUGUGAAUCUACUCAUACUGUGUAUUACUGGAGGAAGGGCACAACGCAAAGAUGCCCCAGAAUUUACUAAAUGUCAGGAUAGCUGACAAAUUCUUUUUAAAGAGCACCUGUCAGCCCUAUAAAACCAUGUAUACUGCCUGGUAGGGUUGAUCAUGCUGAUUAAAGCAGUAUAUUUAUUUUGUUUUUAGCUUUUACCACUACAGAGAUGUCAUUACUUUUAUAUUUAUGCAAAUUAGUUACUUGGAGCACCGAAGGGAUGGCUAUAGCACUAGGAGCACUGCUACCGCUAUUCCCCAGUGCUGAGUACACCCCCUCCUCCCAUUUGAUUGACAGGGCAAUAAAUCUUGUCUUGUCCUGUCUUCUGGAGCCCUUUAUGUGCCUCACAAACUCUGCACCUGUGCUGGCAUGCCACUCAUAAGCGUUCCUCCUCUGUCUCUGAAGUCGCCGGAGCCUAAACUUCCAGGUGUAAUAAAUUCGUUGGCAUCUGCAUACUGAAUCUGCACUGCUUGGCAAGAAGCAACAGAUCUAGAGCACAGGUGCAGAAUUUGUGAGCCACAGCGCAGGCGCCCAAAUACAGGGCAAGAUGAGAGGCAUUGCUCUAUCAAUGAAAUAGGAGGGUGGAGUGUACUGUGCACCAAGACGUAGCUGUACCAGUUCUCCUAGUGCUACAGCCAGCCUCUCUGUGCUCCAAGUAACUCCUUCUCAUAAAUAUAAAAGUAAUGAGUUCUCUACAGCGGUACAAACUAAAAACAAAAGAAAGAUAUUGUUUUAAUCAGCCUGAUCAACCCCACCAGGCAGUAUUCCUUGGUUAAUAGGGUUGUUCAUGCUAAUAUUUGCUCUUUCAAGGAGUUGUCUGGGUUCAGAGCUGAACCCGGACAUACCCAUAUUUUCACCCAGGCAGCCCCCCUGACAAGAGCAUCAGACCAUUUCAUGCUCCGUUGUUCUCCUUUGCCCUGCACUGAAUCACGCAGGGCAAAGGCAUUUUUAGGAGAUCCGGUGACAUCCCGGGCUCUCCUUA